GGGGCCUAUUGAAGCAUGGGAUCUGGUGCAGCACGAUUUUGCGCAUGCACCACUGCCACAGCCAACAGGUUUGAUAUCUACAGGAAGGUGCCAAAAGACCUUACACAGCCAACUUAUACAGGAGCUAUUAUCUCUGUCUGCUGCUGUUUCUUCAUACUGUUUCUUUUCCUGUCUGAGCUCACCGGAUUCAUAGCCACUGAAAUAGUUAACGAGCUCUACGUAGACGACCCAGACAAAGACAGUGGAGGUAAAAUAGAAGUAAAUCUGAACAUCAGCUUACCGAACCUGCAUUGUGAAUUGGUUGGACUGGACAUUCAGGAUGAAAUGGGAAGGCACGAAGUUGGUCAUAUUGACAACUCAAUGAAAAUAUCUCUCAAUAAUGGCGAUGGCUGCAGGUUUGAGGGCCACUUCAGUAUCAACAAGGUUCCAGGUAACUUUCAUGUGUCAACACACAGUGCCACUGCGCAGCCUCAGAAUCCUGACAUGACGCACAUCAUUCACAAACUUUCAUUUGGGGACAAGUUACAGGUCCAGAAUAUUCAUGGAGCUUUCAAUGCCCUGGGAGGAGCGGACAAGCUCAGCUCAAACCCCCUUGCAUCUCACGAUUAUAUCUUGAAGAUAGUCCCCACUGUGUAUGAAGAUAUGAAUGGCAAACAGCGGUAUUCAUACCAGUAUACUGUAGCAAACAAGGAAUAUGUUGCCUAUAGUCACACUGGCCGCAUUAUCCCUGCUAUCUGGUUUCGCUAUGAUCUGAGCCCCAUCACAGUGAAAUAUACAGAGAGGCGGCAACCUUUGUACAGGUUUAUCACAUCGGUGAGUUACUUUAGAUUUGCGCCAUUAUUGGAGGAACAUUUACUGUGGCUGGGAUCCUUGACUCAUGCAUUUUCACAGCUUCUGAAGCCUGGAAGAAGAUCCAAUUAGGAAAAAUGCAAUAGCGAUGAAAACAUCCAAGGCUCCAUGAAGAGGAGUAAAGAAGAAUGAGAACCCCCCCCCCCAUUUACCUGUUUCUUCUAUUUGAUUGAAGCAGUGCAUUAUUCUUUAGUCAAAUUAUUCAGUGAAGCUCUUUUCAACAAAUCAAAAAUCUAUCUAAAUUUCAGUGCUCUGAGUCAUCAUCCCCCUUUCUUCAACCCUUCCCCCAAAUGAUUUUUAAUGUAGAAACUGCAUUUAUGAAUCAACUUCCCUGGAUCCUACAGAGUAAAACAGUAUCAGGAGGUUUCCUUAGGUAGAGGUUGCAAAGAUUUCAGUGAAUUCUCUUGCAGCUCUCCUUCAUGCUAUUGGAAUUGCAUGAGUAGACAAUCGUGUUUUUUUUUUUUUUAAUGAGGUAAAAUUAUGUAUUAGGAAGAAAUUCUACCCACAGUGCCAAAAAGAGUAGUGUUUAGUCCUCACAGCAAUCCCAGGGGGAGAGAGGCAAAAAAUGACUUCAGGAUGUGUGGUGUUUUUUUAUUGAAAAGCUCCUCUGUAGGUAUGACCCUCUCUAGAUUGAAUGAGCAAAUAUAAUUAAACCUUUCCCCAACCACCUUCUGUGGAUAACUGUAAUUGAAGAAGGAAUAGUCUCUCUUGUUCUCUUUUUCGAUGUAAAAAUAUUUUCAUUUCUACCCAAUAACUGAUUAUCCAGUCUUUUGUUUACAGAUGGCACGAAGUAAAAGCCAAACUGAGUAACACUAUUUUAUGUGGCCUUUUGUUUUGAAGGGGAAUAGUUGUCAUUGCAAUAAUAACUGUAUAUCCUUUCUCCUGCUUUUUUUUUUUUUUUAAAUACAAACCACCUAGUUUAGAGUCUGCAAUUUGAUACAAUUUAUUUGGAAAGGGUCACUCGUGCUACUUGCUCUGAGAACUGCUUUGCCAUCUUAGAUGGAUGCACACAGCUUGAUGCCUUGUGCUGCCUGUGUAUGUGAUGUACACCUGUAAAACACUAGCAUGUCCUUUGGAAUGUUGAGGUGCUUACAUUCCCAACACUUAAAAAAAACCCUAAACCAGGUAUCUUUUACCAGGCUUAGAUGGGCAGUUACUGAAGUCCUCCAUCUAGUUUCAGAUACUGUAUAGGCAGUAGUGGGGCAAGCUUUCCUCACCAGUUCUUGCCAGUAUUUCUAAACCCUAAGCAUGAAAGAGUAGUUCAGUUUCCAUGCUCUUUCAAUCUUUGACCUGUCUGAGACUGCCAACAAAUGGGAGUAUGAAGGGAAAUUUUCUGCUGGAUAGUUUGUAUGCAAUGUGGACAUCAGCCAGACACCUGGGAACGGGAUUGGUCCACCAACAUGUUCUCCAUAGGCCCCUAAACAUCCCUUUAGUCCUUGCAAUUUGUAAAUUGUAAAUUUGUAAAUUGCAUGACCUGAGGGGACACAAAUUUGAGUGUUGCUGAAAAUCAUAAAACAAUAAAACUCAAAUAUGUCAACUUAGAGAUUUUGGAAGGGGAUUAUUAUUAUUUUUUUUAGAGUAGUAUCUAUUGUCCUUUGCCCACUCUUGGAGAUGAAAGUGUAUGCAUCUUGAAUAUUCUGAAUAGAUGCAAGAGCCAAAAACAUUAUUAAAAUUAACGGCCCAGUGUGUGUCUAUCUGAAAUUGUCCCGUUAUUUUAGAAGUACGGAAGACAGCCAAUAUUUUUUAAUUACAUUGAAAAAAAAAUCUUUUGGUACUUGCCCUAUAUUAACUUCUGCAAAAUUACAAUGGUGGAAUUUCCCAUGUUUUUAAAUGGACUGAUUGCUAUUAUUUAGGUGUGAAUUGAAUCUUGUAACUUCCUGUAAUUGUUAAUGUAUGUAUGGAUUUUAUACAUUUUUUCCAUUUAUAGAAAUCAAGUUGAAAAUAGUACAGUUGUCUUCAUUUCA